GGGCUCGCGCUUUCCCUUCGCUCCCGGAGAGGCAGAGAUGCGAUGGAAACGCAUGGAAACGGGAAAAGGUGCUGCUCCAAAGUACCUCUGCACCUACUAUGACAUUGUUGACUACCUGAACAUCUCCUCUCACAACAAGCUGCAUACGUACAUUCUGCCCAAGAUAAACCUGGAGCCUGUGGAAGUGACACUGGAUUUCAUGCUGGUGGCAAUUCUCUCUGUGGUGGAAAAGCUCCAGACAGUCAGUUUUUACUUCGUCCUGAACCUGGAGUGGCAGAAUCCUUUUGCAACCUGGGACCCACUGGAUUUCUGUAACAUUUCUGAAAUUAUUCUGCCCAUGGAUACGUAUUGGUCGCCCCCCAUCUUCAUCUUAGAGCGAGUGAAUGGGCAAGACCCAGAUCUGAAUUACAUGGUCCUCACCCACAAUGGCAGCUUCAACUCCACUCGGCCCUUCCAGGUCACCCUGACGUGCAGCCUGAUAAUCCUCAAGUUCCCCUUCGACACCCAGACCUGCAACUUGAGCAUAGCUUCAUUCCUCUACCCAGUAACAGACUUUGUCAUGAAGACAAGACGGUCACCAGCUGAGAUCAUGAAAGACAGCCAGAGUUUCUUUCUAACUGAUGGAGAAUGGAAGUUCACCAACCUGAGCAUCAUUGAAUACACAGAAAUUAUGGAUGACAAAGGUUUUUCUGUGGUCACCUAUCUGAUUUCCAUGGAGAGACGACCCACCCUCUACAUUCUGAAUCUGAUCCUCCCAACAUGUGCCCUGUACUUGCUGGACAUGGCUGUGUUGUUUGGACCCAGCUCCCUCGAGGAGAAAAUCAACUUCCAGAUUGCCAUCAUCCUUGGAAGCUCCAUGCUCGCUGUGAUUCUCAACAACAGCCUCCCAACUUCCUCCAACAAACCACCCAUAAUAGUGGUGUUUUUCCUGGGCACCUUCCUGCUCAUGAUCAUGGCUGUGUUAGACACCUUCUUCCUGCUGUACCAGCAGCGCAAAUCCCUGCGCUUGGACAAGAUCCUCAGAGGCUUCCAGCAAGACCCACAGGAGCUGCCCAAGAGACCCCCAGGCAACCUGGCCAAGGGAGGUCCCCAACUGCUGCACCUUCCCAAGAAGGCCCAGGGACAAGGGCAGCCAACCAAGCACCUCUGGCAGCUGCAGGAGCUGGACCCAUUUCUGCCAGUUCUGGAGAAGGUGCUUCUCUACAGCCACCUCUUCCUGUCCCUGUUCUUUUUUACUGUGAUUUCUGUAAAAUGGAGCAGCUGAAGAUCAGCUCUGCCCAGUGCCAGCUCAGUUGUUCUCCACUGUCUUGCUUCCGACCCCCUGCUGUAAUUUGCUCCUGCUCAAUUCAGAGCUGCAGUUCAGUUGCCUGAAUAAAAUAAAAUUAAAUUAAAA